AUGCACGAAGGGUGCAUGGAACCAUCAGACUUGCGUGCCUACUUCGGAGGCGAGAAGGAGCUCGCAGAGGCGCGAGCUGCUGCUGAUGCAGCAGAGGCUCAGGUCGCAACGGCUGAGAAGAAGCCAAAGGAGGCUGUGGAUCCCAUGGAAGCAGAGAAGGAGCGCAUCAAGAAAAUGUCAGUCAAAGAACUGAAAGCAUAUCUCGAUAGGCACAAUACCUCUCAUUCAGACCUUUUCGAGAAAUCAGAGCUACUGGGAAGGGCACUGGAGGUGGCUUCAAAGUCCGCUCCUGAGCCGCCUCCUGGGCCAGCUUGGAUGAAAUCCGGUGAUAUGUGCCGCCUCUGUGGCAAGUCCCAGCAGGAGCAAGGCGGAAUCUAUUGCCGCCGGCGAAGGACAGACGGCCGCAUUGGUGGCUGCAACGAUGGCAUUUGCUGGCGAUGCAUGAAGCGCGCACCGAAGGACUCGUUCGGCAAAGUACGGUGUACGAAGGAAGAGUUUGCAGACCUCGGGGAGGAUGCUUGGUGGAUGCAUCACCAUUGCUUUGAAGAUGGUGAUUGGCAAGAUUACUUCGGCGAACCCGAGCCAGAAGAUGAAAGGUGGCGCCGUACCGGAGAAGCAGCAAGCUGGUAA